AUGUCCGAUCUUCCACUCCCACCUAUCGGGUCCCUUGCGGAUGCCACCUCCUUUCAACACACUGUGCUUCCCUAUCUUGCCCAGCUGCAGUGGCUCCCCGCCAGCCUGCACGAGGCGGGUCGUGACGUCGAGAGUCUAAAAGCUGUCUAUCUCGCCACCAACCCCAUGGUUUCUGCUGUUGGACUCAGCGGAGUUUUGGCGGUUUUGUUCUUCUUGGUUUCUGAGAUUAAUCGCAACUAUUCCCAAGUGGAUCGCUUCUGGAGCAUCCUACCGACUAUUUACAACGUUCACUUCGCUGUUUGGGCGCGCUUGGCCGGCAUUCGCACUCAGACGCUGGAUACUAUCGCUGUGAUCAGCAUUAUUUGGAGUGUGCGCUUGACAUAUAACUACUGGCGCAAAGGCGGUUAUUCGAUCGGUUCUGAAGAUUAUCGUUGGCAGAUCGUGAAAGCGAAGGUCAACAACAUCUUUGUCUUCACCAUCUUCAACCUCGGUUUCAUUUCUUUCCUCCAGAACCUGCUCCUCGUGGCCAUCACUGCUCCCACCUACGUUUUCGUGCUUCUCGCGCAAAGCCAAGACCCCGAAGUAUUUGGUCUUCCUGACCUGGCUAUCUCCCGGGCCCUCUUCUUCUUGAUCAUUGUCGAGUACUUCGCCGACCAGCAGCAAUGGGAGUUCCAGACCGCAAAGCGCGAUUACCAGAAAAAUGCGCGUGUCGCGGAUAUCUACAAGGACCAAUACAGCCCGGAGGACCUGGAGCGUGGCUUUGUGGUCAGCGGACUCUGGUCCUGGUCGCGCCAUCCCAACUUCCUUUGCGAGCAAGCCAUCUGGGUGGGACUGUAUCUCUGGGCAGCCUUCCGCACGAAGACGUAUUUCCAGUGGGCCGGCCUUGGUGCUUUGGGCUAUGUGCUGAUUUUCCAGGCCAGCACUCCUCUGACUGAAGCCAUCAGUGCCAGCAAGUAUCCCGAGUACCGCGAAUACCAGGCACGGGUUGGACGAUUCCUCCCCAGCUGGUCGGUUGAGGCCAAGACCGAACCCAGCGGAAAGAAGCCUGCGGCCAUCACUGGCGCAGAAUCUAAGAAGAGCAACUAA